CCCUGAUCACAGGUUUAAUCCUAAAAUGUAUGCUAAUCGUAACAUUUGAAAAUUUGGUAUAAAUAAAAAUCAUAUAAAUUGAGUUCACCAAAUAAUUUUACAUUUACUAGUAAAAAGUAUACUAGGUAAAAAAUAUUGAUUUAAAAAUGGCCAAGGAUAAAAUAUUACGAUCCAAAAGACCUAUGAUUGAAAGUGAAUUCAAAACAGUCGGCGCUUAUAUUUGGGAUAAAUUGCAAAAACUUGAUAGUAAUGCCGUGUGUUUGACGGAAGCUUUAAGUGGCAAACAGUUAACUAUAGGUGAACUCAAAUCACGUGCAAAUGCCGUGGCGGUAGCCCUCGUGGACAGAGGGGUCACCAAAGGGGACAGAAUUGCUUUCUACGGUGAAAACUCCAUACAACACGCCGUACUGCGAUUUGCGGUCAAAUUUUUAGGCCUAACAUUCAUGCCGUUGAGCCCCACGUUUGAGAAGUAUGAGGUGCGCCAGGAGUUCACGGCUGCCGGCGCUAACAUUAUCGUGUCGUCCGCCGCGGACUUCCAUAAGUUUCAGUGGGUUUUGGAUGACUCACAGAAUAAUAACAUAAAUGGCGUUAAACUUGUGGUCAUUUUCGACGGACAACACGACAAACACGUGACAUAUGACCAGUUGGUGGUGGAGGGCACCGGUCGGACACUCGCGCAGAUACCCUACUUCGAGGUGAAUCCGGAUAUAGAUAUGCUGUUUCUCAUACACACGUCCGGCAGCACCGGGAGGCCCAAGUGCGCGAUGAUACCGCACCGUACGUUCAUUAGUGGCGCACAGGAAAGCCUAACGUUUUUGAAUUAUGAGAUGAAGGAACAGGUGGUGCUCGCCAUGCAAUACCCGUGCGGACACAUAUCGGGCACAGUUAUGAUACCCAUGCAAGUGGUCAAUGGUUUCCGAUUAGUCAUAUUCGGGGAGUUUAGCGAAGAGUUGCUAAUGAAGUCCAUCGAGAAAUACCGGAUCAAUGUUUUGCCGGCGUUUCCCUCAUUCGGGCGCCGACUGAUCGAAGGAGAUCUCGUCGAUAAGUACGACCUGUCGAGCCUGAAAGGCAUGAGCACCGGGGGUGCUGCCUUUCCCGGCAAUAUUGCCAAAGCUAUCAUCGAUAAGUACGGCAUUCAGUUUAAGGAGGCCUAUGGUAUGACUGAAUUCUGUUGGGUAACCACGGGCUCCGACACCAGCGACGAGUUUAUACCGGGCAACGCCGGCAAUGUAGCGCCGGGAUGUGAGCUCAAGAUCGUCGACAUAACCACCGGUGAGAGUCUGGGUCCGGGACAGGACGGGGAGAUCUGUGUCCGCGGAAACAAACUCUUCGCCGGAUAUCUGGACAACGAAAAGGCGAACCUCGAGGCUAUCGAUAGGGACGGGUGGUAUCGCACCGGCGAUAUCGGGAGGUAUGACUCGCAGGAAAGGCUGUUCAUUACGGACCGGCUGAAAGAGGUGGUGCGCAUCGGUAUCGACAACCACUACAUCAACAUAAGUCCCGUAGAGAUCGAGCAGUUCCUACUGACCCACCCGUCCAUCGCUGAGGUGGCGGUGGUGGGGGUUAACAACAAUUAA